AUGCCACGUUCCUUUUUGGUGAAGCAACUGAAGGUCCACGAUUUCUCCUCCUCCAAUCAUUCUCAUCAGCAUCACAACGACGGAUCGUACACACUCACACGUGCCAUCACCGAGUCCACCACCAACUUGGCGGUCCAUUUGAGUGAAAAUGGCUACAUCCAGGAUUAUGUCAUCCCCUCAAUAUGCCAGAGCACAAAGGAUCUGGGUUCGAAGCGGCAGACCGGGCUCUCUGUGGGGCCCCUGUACUCUCCGGGGAGCACGGGGAGCAGCGGGGGGGAGGACUACUCUGACCAUGACAUGGAGCAGCCCGACAGCCCCCACUCGAGCGUCACCACCGAGUCGGAUAGCAGCAUCUACUACCCGGUGGGCGCUUUCCUCAUCUCCGACGGCCGCUCUCGAAAAAGGGCCAACCACAGGCACCAACACAAGGAAGGUGAGGAGAGAGAUAGCAGUACAGAAGCAAGCUCCACAAGAGCCACAGCGGUCAAGGCUGCCAAAGGGAAGUCCGGGAAAUCCAAGGGACCGGGCCUCCACACGUGUGGCGAAUGUGGCAAGACCUACGCCACCUCAUCCAACCUGAGCCGCCACAAGCAGACGCACCGCAGCCUGGACGGCCAGCAGGCCAGGACAUGCCCCACGUGCCACAAGGCCUAUGUGUCCAUGCCGGCGCUGGCCAUGCACAUGCUCACCCACGACCUGCGGCACGAGUGCAGCGUGUGCAGCAAGGCGUUCAGCCGGCCGUGGCUGCUGCAGGGUCACAUGCGAUCGCACACGGGCGAAAAACCAUUUGCCUGUGCCCACUGCGGCAAAGCGUUUGCGGACCGCUCCAACCUGCGUGCCCACAUGCAGACGCACUCAGCCUUCAAGCACUAUGAGUGCAAGCACUGCGGCAAGAGCUUUGUACUCAAGUCCUACCUGAACAAGCACUACGAGUCGGCCUGCUUCAAGGGCUCUGGAGACGAAGAGGACUGCUGCUCUGAGGACUGA